AUGUUGGUCGCUAAUCAAUUAGGACACAAGGUAUCAGGAGCGGGGGGUUCCACUUGUGGAAGUCAUAUGAAGCCUCUAAAUAGAGAUUACAGAAAGGAAGAGGAAAAGGAAGAAAAUGCCGAUAAAAGGGUUGAGAGAGAUAAUGAUAGGAAACAGGAUGGGGAAGAAGAUGAGGUGCCCGAUAAUAAGCUUGGGGAGUUGAUACACAAAUUGAAGGGUAUCUUAUCGGGCAAGGGCCUCGCGUCAGAGGACGUGGACAUCGAGAGAGUGAAACAGGUGAUGGAGGAGUACGAGUCGAACGAGGAGGAAUGGGGGAAGUAUGCGUUGCACGACCAGUCGAGACCGUACACUAGAAAUGGUGUAGUUGAUAUUAACGGGAAUGCCAACUUGCUUAUUUUGGUUUGGAGUCCUACGAGGUCUAGUGCCAUUCACGACCACGCCAACGCCCAUUGCUGCAUGAAGAUCUUGAAAGGAUCGUUACAGGAGUCACUUUAUGAUGUGCCAACGGAGGAGGGCCACCAUUUGGACCCCAAGAAAGAGACGGUGAUGCACCGCGACGAGGUGGGCUACAUCUCGGAUGCUAUAGGACUUCACAAGAUCUCCAACCCACUUCCAGACCAGUAUUCGGUGUCAUUACACUUGUAUACGCCUCCAUAUGCGUCGAUGUACGGUUGCUCGAUGUACGAGGCUAACAACGGUAGGAAGCACCAUGUGGACAUGAGUAAGUACUACAGCUGGCAGGGCAAGUUGGUCAAUACCAAGAGCAGUUCUUCGUGCUAA